GUUGAGUAGUUUCAAAUAAUUCAGACCAAAGUACUUAUCUAGAAGAACAGUGGCGAACUAACCCUAUCUGAGGGCGAGUUGGAAAAUCUAAACGAGGCCCCCAUUUGUUAAGGUCUUAUAAGAAGAUUUCCAGAGAAGCCACAGGACACAACGAAGAACAGAAAGUCCAAAGAGUGUCAUUGCGAAAAUACCUGGAGAUGCAACAUGGAUUUUCUAUCUCGACUUCUAUCAAGACUGGGUCGAGGCAAAAGUUAAGUUAUCACAAGUUCUGAGAUGUCCUGCAGGAUCUUAAGCGCUGUUGUACCAGAAAUUGGCGGAACACCGGUACCGAAGAUUUGAAGGCAUCAGUUCAUCUCUUCGAACCGAGACCAACACAGACCUACUUCAAGAUGUUCAAGCUGGUGGUGUUGUCUGCCCUUCUGGCCAUUGCCUGUGCCAAGCCCAGUGGCGUCGCGCAUCUGGCGUACACCGCCCCUGCUGUGGUUGCUGCCCCUGCUGCCGUCAGCCAUACCUACAGGAGUGACGUCAUCAGUGAACCGGUGGUAGCUGCUUACUCUGCUCCCGUCGUAGCACACCACGCUCACUAUGCCGCCGCCCCUGUUGUGACCGCCCACGCUGCCCCCAUUGUGACUGCCCAUGCUGCUCCUUACGCUGCUCAUGUCUUAGAUGCCCAUGUCGCUGCCCCAUGGGGAUAUGCUGCCGCAGCCCCCAUCGUAGAAGCUUGGUAGAGGAACUGAUCCAUCUCAACUUGAAUGUAAAUUAUUCUGAAGGAAUAUAUUUUUGGUAGAAG